AUGAAAAGUCCGAAGGCCAAGGCAGAGUACAAGGAUAUUGCUAUAGCAAGAAGUGAUGGAAAAGAUGAAUCAUUUUCAAGUUUUCAGAGAUUGAGGUUUGAUUCUGGUGGUGGUAGGAAAAAAUCUAUUCAUCCCCCGAUUGAAACGCAUUGGCAUCUCCCUUCGCCAGAAGGGAAAAAAGCUUCUUCAUCCUUCAAAUCACUGUUGUCUUACCCGCUCAUGAAACUUAGGAGGAGUAAAAGCCUGAAAGUGAUUCUAGAAGGAGCUCCUGAUCCAAGAGAUGAACAAAUUGUCGAGUCUUUCCGCAAAAUGCUUUUUGUUGAAGGUCUCUUAUCGCCUAAGCAUAAUGAUUAUCAUACUCUUCUAAGGUUUCUGCGAAUGAGGGAUUUUGACAUGUCAAAAUCCAAAGAUAUGUUUCAGCACUAUCUGAAAUGGCGCGAGGAUUUUCAAGUAGACACGCUUGCAAAGGAGUUCAAAUUUACGGAGUACACAGAAGUGAAGAAAUGCUAUCCUCAUGGAUACCACGGAGUUGAUAGAGAUGGCAGACCUGUAUAUAUUGAGAGAAUUGGGAUGGUAGACCUUGACAAACUGAUGCAAGUAACCACACUUGAGAGGUUUAUCAAGUAUCAUGUAUCAGAACAAGAGAAAACACUAGGAGUAAGAUACCCUGCAUGUUCUCUGGCAGCUAAAAGGCACAUAGCAUCCACUACAAGUAUCUUGGAUGUCAACGGAGUAGGAAUGUCUAAUUUCUCAAAGCCCGCAAGGUACCUCUUUACGGAAAUUCAGAGGAUCGAUAGCAGUUACUAUCCUGAGACUCUAAAUCAGCUCUUUAUUAUUAAUGCCGGAUCUGGGUUUAGGAUGCUGUGGAAAGCAGUGAAGACAUUCCUAGAUGUACGCACAGUAGCAAAAAUUCAAGUGUUGGGUUCUAAUUAUCUCAAUGUGCUGCUUGAGGCUAUUGAUCCAAGUAAUAUGCCAACUUUUCUGGGUGGUAACUGCACAUGUUCUGAUUUUGGAGGUUGCCUAAUGAGUGAUCGAGGGCCCUGGAAAAACCCAGAAUUGUUAGAAAUGAUUCAGGUAGGCAAUACUGCCAAUGAUGAAAUGCAGGUUGAUAUGCAAAACAAAAGUGGCUUGAGUCUGGCACUUGAGGAGACUGCAUAUGCGGAAACAGACUCAGCAUGUAGGUUAGCAUUGCAAAAAAUUAAUGGGCUUGAAGCUGCUCUUGGAGACACCAAGAAUAAAAUCAAGACACUGGAAGAUGCACUUCAGGACACCAAGAUGGCCUUGCAAGAACUUGCACAGCAUAUACAAUGUCUUUCCUCCAGCAAUGGGAAAUGA